AUGAGGCCCGGGCCGCCGCUGCUCCUGGCUGCCUGGCUGCUGCUGGCGCCGCCGGCCGGCCGGGCAGCCCCGAAGGAAGACCCGCCCAGGGUGCUGCAGGACCCCCUGGGGGCUGCUGGGCAGGACAGCGACUCGGGUGCCCCGAGCAGAGAGCAAGCUCUCGCGCGGCUCAUCGCUCUCCACGAUGCGGACCACAGUGGCCGGCUGGACGGCCUGCAGCUCCUGUGGUUGCUGAGCAGGCUGGCGUCCCCGCAGGCCCGUGGAGAUCCUGCACCCGACCAGGUGGUGCUGAUGGUGGACAGGAUGCUGGAGAGCUGGGACUUCAACCGGGAUGGAGAGCUGGAGCCCUCCGAGCUGUUCCUUGGGCCCUGGCAGGGCCCGCCCCCCCCCGGAGCCCCCGCUGCCGAGGAGUGGGCCGUGCUGUGGGCUGCCUCCCCCGCCGAGGAGCCCCGGGCUAGUCCCCCAGGCCCCCAUGGCCGGGAGGGCCCCGGAGAGGCCCCCGCCGUGCCGCAGACUGCGCAGCCGCAGGGGCAGAUGGAGGCCCCCUCUCUGAAGCACACGGAGGGGGCAGGCCAGGACCAGCCGCAGCCGCAGCAGGAGGGGGCUGAGGCACCCCCGUCCGCAGGGGGCUGA